AUAUAACAUAGUAAUCACGAGGUUCUGACAUAGUAAGGCAGUAGCUAGACGAGAGGUUUACGUGUAGAGAAAAUUAAUUUAAACUUUCAAGAUGAAAUUCGCGCUAUCCUUGGUUCUUCUAUCGGUGCUGGCCUUCAACGAGGCUGCCCUGCUGAAGGGUCCCUCCUCCAGAGCCAACCUUAAUCAUGGGUACAUCCAGCCUGGCGACCGACUGCUUUACAGAACAUAUUUCCAAAGAGCUGGCAUUGCCAACGCUGUCCAGACGCAAGACUUAGUCUACAGAGGCAACCUGACCACCAGGAUCAGUGCAGUGGUAGCCCAAGAGGUGGGCUACACCCAGUACGCGAAUGCCUGGGUGAUCGCUGGAGGCAUGGGCUACAAUUACACCACGGUGCGCGUCCAGACUGCUAGGGGAUGGGGAUUCUACUACCUGAUCGACAUUUGGGGGCGAUAGAUCUGAUAUUUAGGUAAAAAUGGAAACUGAUGACGUAGUUGUUAUUAUUUGUUAAGAAAUAUUUUUUUCAAUAAACCAAAGAUAUUAUU